AAUAGUAGCAAGAAAAUGGCAGCUGCGCGCAAAAUCGUGUUUAUUUACGCGCUGUCUACGAUUGAUUGAUCACAAAGUAUCGUAAAGUAAUCGAGCCGAGCGGGAAAGCGAGCAACUUUGUCAGUGGAUCGUUGAAAAUGAACGAUAGGAUUGGUUAGAGGAGAAGGAAAGAUAGAAAGGGACGUUUGAAAAUAUCAACCGAAUGAAUAUUUUCUUGGUGGUGGUUUCGCGUACGCAUACGUAGUUGCCUCGAGUCUUUGUGUCGGACGAAUCUAACCUCUGAAAGGAAUCGCGCAGUAGCGCCGUACCUACGCGUUCUGGAAUUUUCCUAGGAACUGUCAAGGUUCGUUCGCCGACGCAUACAGUGGCCCUCCACCGCUAUUUUUCGGCACGAUGCCAUGUUUCCGCGUUCCCUGAGUCCACGAGCGUUCAAAAUUUUGACCAUGGCUGACGAAGUUCUGCCGGCGAGUUUGGAGAAGCUCGAAAUCGAUCGUCUCUCGUCGAGUUGUCCCCACAUCGCUUCGACCGAAAACUUGAAACCAAGCAAUCCUUUUAGAACGACAGGCAAGAGCGCGAGUCCAGAUUGCAGUUACUUGUUUAGAAGAAGAUCGAUGCCUAAUAGAUCAGUGCCAUCCACGACGAUUACCCGGGGUGUAAAAAGUACAACGAACUUUAAGCCUUCUAAGAACGAAAGACUUAACGACAAGACGAAAAAGAACUCUAUCAUUAAGGAGGCUGUUUUGCAACUGGGUUCUACCGACUCUAAUCGUUUAAGUGAUAACGUAGCGGGUACUCUGCUCAAACAGACCUGCAGAUACAGUAUUCCUGGUAGAAAUUGUAAAACUUUUGGUCACGGUUCUGUCACUAAAGACUUUAAGGCGUUAAAUAUUAGUCAGGACUCUAGACAAGCUAAAGACGAUACCAGCAUCCAAGACAAUUAUCAAGGUGGAAGUUUUCAACGCGCUCGCAGUAAUACGAUGCCAAGCUUAAAGAGAGGUCCCGGUCCCGGCGGAGGUGGCCAACAAGACGCGAUCUCCGUAUCCGGGCAAUCCCCAAAUACGAACACUUGCUCCGUACAAGCGCGUAUAUCACCGCCCUCCUGUGACGUUACUAUAGACGAACUUGCCAGCUACUUCGAGGAGUUUGUUCAUAUUCCAAAGAAGAUGUCUCACAUGGCAGAAAUGAUGUACAUUUAACCGCGACAAUACGCGUUUGCUGUGACAAGAUUUAAUUUGGUACCUAAAUUAUAAUCUAAUAAAAGGCAAAAUAAUUCAUAAAGCUUAUUCGAUGCCGAGAAGCAAAAAAUAAUCACGAGUUAUUUUUGUUCUUUCUCUUUUCUUUACUGGGAAAUUGUUUGCACUUAUUAAGACGAUAGAUAUGCAUGUUGCUAUUCGACCUCUCUGUGUUUCUCUCCAUUAUACGUUUCCUGUGUCUCGUUUCAAUUGUAAAGAUAAACUCAUUAUUUAAGAAGUUUUUUGUAUUUCGAAGUAAAUUAUUGGUCUUGGAAUAAAUCUCCUGGGAUCAAAACGUUA